CACUGUAUGUGUGUAAGGACUACGUCUUCAUGAUGAGCACGCCGCAGACCAUGGAAACAGAGGAGGACCUCCUCACUUGUCUCCAUAUUAAGCUUUAUCACCCACAUCAGGGUUCCAGGAGUCUUUAUAAUUUACUCCCUCUGGGAACCAGGAGACGGCACUCGGCUGAUGAUCCUCUCAGGGUGGGCCGUGACCCUGGCUCCUGCACCUACUCUCUGGCUGACCCUACGGUGUCCCGUAAACAGCUGUGUAUCUUUGCUUACCGUUCACCUCAGAACCCAGACCUGCUGUUCACCAUCCAGAACCUGAGCCAGAGAGGGCGUCUGUCGGUGAACAGCUCAGCGCUGGGUUACCUGGAGAGGAUGGACCUACCAGACAAGGCUCUGAUCCGGUUUGGGGAGUAUGAGAUGCUCAUUGUCCGUGAGUCUGGGGAGGCCAGGGCCAGCUUUGAAGUGGCGUUUGAGAUCUUGGUAGUGCCUCCAUCUAGAGAGACCUGCGCCUUUGAACCUGGUGAUCUGACACCUGUGAUGGACACAGGUCUGACAGACAGAAUUUGGACCACAAGAGAUUGAUGAGACUCUCAUCUGUUACUCAUAAACAAUCAUUUCUUAUACAUACAAUUGUCAGACCUGUUGGGUAUUAAUGAAACACAAACUGCUGAACUCUUGUUACAAUUUAAACAGCUUGAUGUAUAUUUGUGACUACUGUGUAAACUACAACUACCCUAGAAUUAUUAUUUUUGUUUUAAAACAUGACAUCUUUACUUGUAUAUUUCACUUAACAUCUUUUUAUGCUCCAUUUUAGAUAUUGUAAUUCACACUUCCAAUUAAAGACCUCUUACGUUUACAGUACUGUCUUAAAUUAAAUGUAAUGAAAACAUCCCUUAAUGUGUGCAUGUACUGCAUCUGAAAAACUGAUGAGUUAAAUGCAAAGGAGAAAUUUAGUAGUGAAUGCAAUCAUUGGUCACUUCACGUCCGUCAGUCAAACAUGCUAUUUUGUUUUCCWUGUUUGCUACAUUGUAUUUCACAGCUGAGACCAUACAGGUGACAGAUGAUAUAACUAUAAUCAAAGAGACAAUAAAAUGAGCGUUUAACAAUA